UCAUGUGUCUGUUAUAAGAUAUCACAGCUCUUAUGUGCCUUUUGUCCUCUGUCAGAUGAAAUCAUUGCAAACUCAAGAUCGUCCUACGAAGCCGCCUAUGUCACCAGCAAAGAGGAAAUGCCCCCAACCCACCCAAUCCGUCUUGGUCUUGCGCUCAAUUUCUCUGUUUUCUACUAUGAGAUCCUCGGCUCACCUGAAGAAGCCUGCAAGCUGGCUAAAGAGGCUUUUGAUCAGGCCAUUGCAGAGCUGGAUACACUGGGCGAAGAUUCCUACAAGGACAGUACACUAAUCAUGCAGCUACUGAGGGACAACUUGACACUGUGGACUUCUGAUAACCAGGCCGAAGAGGAACAAGAAGCAGCAGAAUGAGCCUGACCCCCAUACUCAUCCCUGUCUGCCUGCCAUCAUUCCGGUUCAUCUUCAUCAUGAUUAUCAACACUGAGACGACCACAUUAUUCACAUUGUUUCCAAUUCUUCAUCUUUUUUAUAUUGAGUCCCCUCAACACCUUUCUCAUUCCUAUCAGUUUACUAUUCCUUCUUUAGUAACUGCAUGGGAAGGGGGAUGGGGAGGGAGGGCAGGUUUUAAAUCCGUGAUGUGAGGGUCCUGGUGAAAGCAUAAAGGGUGUUUAGGGUUGGUUGCUUGUCAGCUGACCUUUUUUGUGUGGGAGAAAUGGGGGUGUUGCAUUAUUGAGGUGCUGGGUGAAAGGGGAAGUUCUUAACUCAUGAAACAUGCAGCUGUAUGUAUCAUAUUCAUUUUGAAGCUCCUGUUCUUCAUUAACACCAUCUUUUGAUGAUACAUCUGGGGUUUCACAAAAUCAGGGGUCAGCUCCUUACACCUUAGGAGACAGCAGCUGGGACCGGUGGAGGUGUAAAGGAGACAGAUGGCAAGGUUUUGUUGAAACACAAAGGUAACAUUCCAUAAACUGUCAGUUUCAACUUUCUACUCUUUAUUAUUUGUAUUUGUUUUUGGGUGACAUGCUUUUGUAUUUCUGUGUCAAUUACGAGGUAUAGAAAAAAUUUAAAAACAAAAAAGCACACAAACUUGAUAUUGUUUUUAUGAGCACAGCAGUAAGAAAAAGUCCUUAUCUAGUUACUGCUUUUUUCAAAUUUAGAUUUUUAUUUGAUUUGUCUUUUAUUCUCGGUUUCCUUUCGAUACUUGCCUUAACUGCAUGUUGGUAAGAAGUAGUUUGUAGACUUGUAAGGAUGGUUGUUGUUGGGCAGGCAAGCUUUGUUCAUGUCUUUGGAAUUUUCAUACAGAACACCCAAGCAUAGCUGUUAUUUGGGGGGAAAUGUGUAAUUUCAUGCAAGUGGAAUAAAAUAAUUAUUUAAAAGUUC